UUACACUGUUUGAUUUUCCCCUUUUCAAUGGUCUACUUUCUCUCUCCUCACCGUCAUUGUAGAGAGAGAGAGCUGCGAGAGCUGAAAGCGUCUGAUCGUGCAAAAGGAGUGUGUCUGUGUACUAUUUGCAUAUAAUACACACACAAAUACACAUACAUAUACAGCUACAUGCAUGGAAGAAGUUAGUGAGAAGAAAAGACGGUUAGACCUUGACUGGGAACAAAUAAUGCCCCGCAGCGGUGACGACGACCCUCCGCCUGUACUGGAGGUCACCACCACCACCACCACUACCUCACAACCGCCGUCGGCGGCGGCGAUGGACGGCGAGGAAUUGCAGGACUCUCAGAGGUUCGAAUUCGAACGAUUGGGGGAUAGAGAACUGAACGACGACAUUUCCCGAAUAAGGGUCAACAUUGAUAAAUUUAGUGAGAAAUUGCCCGACAAGGGAGAGAAGCUUAGGGCCAGACUCAAGCUCCUCCAAUACGAGAGGGAGCGCCGGCAACGGCUCCGACUCGAGAAGGACGAUGAUGGAUGUGAGGUGUCUGCACAAUCUAAGCCAGGUGUAUCUGAUGAUUUUAAGCAGGAAGCUCCAUCAUCUCUUCCGCCUUCACAGUCCUCAUUCACCUCAAUUUUUCAAAGAAAAUUGGAGGAAAAUUCAGAUUGUAGGACAGUAAAUGCCUUUGAUAAAAAAUUCACUUUGAGUCCCUGUGACCGUCGGAAGAUGAGACAGAAGGGACAGUCUUCAACAAGGGCAAGACACAAGAGCAGUUCAUCUUCAAGACAAUCAUCUUUUCAGUGCCCUAGUAGUCUUUCUGAUGACAAACGCAUUCUCUCAAAUGGCAAUCAAAAGGGCGGACACUCUUCUACUCGUUCUACUCUUCAUUUUGGCAAAAAAUUGUGUACCUUAAUCUCUAAGAAGGGGGAUGUGUUUCAGGUCGUGCCUCCAAAUGAUUCCAGGCGUAAGAAUGGGAAAACUGUUGUUCUAGUGGAUGAGGAGGAACCUCAGCUCAUAGAAAUGACGGAGCAAGCUAACAUAGCAGAUGACAGUAUGAAAGAGAGUAAGAUCUACUAUCCAUCAAGGGAUGAUCCAGAAUCAGUUGAAAUAUGUUACUCAGACAUGGAGUGCCUUGCUCCUGAAACCUAUCUUUCAUCAACUGUUAUGAAUUUUUAUAUACGAUAUCUGCAGCAGUCCACUUCUCCAAAAGAUAGGGCAAGAUGUGAUUAUCAUAUCUUCAACACAUAUUUUUACAAGAAACUAAAAGAAGCUGUUUUGAACAAGCCAAGUGGCAAGGAAACUUUAUUUGUCAAGUUCAGAAGGUGGUGGAAAGGUGUUAAUAUAUUCCAGAAAGCAUAUAUACUCCUUCCAAUUCAUGAAAAUCUUCAUUGGAGCUUGGUGAUUAUUUGUAUUCCGGACAAGGAGGAUGAAUCAGGACCUAUUAUACUUCAUUUGGAUUCACUGGGACUUCACUUUAGUAACUCAAUUUUUGAUAACAUCAAAAGAUUUAUGAUAGAAGAAUGGAACUAUCUGAAUCAAGGGGAAGCUCCUUCGGAUCUUCCUAUAUCAGAAAGAAUAUGGAAACAUCUCCCUCGUAGAAUUGAUGGAAAGCCAAUUACGGUUCCACAACAGAGAAAUGACUAUGACUGUGGUCUCUUCGUUCUUUUCUUUAUGGAGCGCUUCAUUGAAGAUGCUCCUGAAAGGCUGAAAAAGAGUGAUUUAGAAAUGUUUGGCAAGCAGUGGUUCAGACCUGAAGAAGCCUCUGGUUUGAGACGGAAAAUCCGAAAGUUACUUAUGGAAGAAUUUCAUAAUGCAAUUAAAGAAAACUGUGUUCUGAAUCCCACGCCUUUGUCUUCAGUGGGUCCUGCAGCGGAAAUGAUUGAGAACCUCGUAGAUUGAUGUAGUUUGGUCUAAUUGCAAUACCACUUCUCUAAAAGUUGGGAGUUGCGGGUUUCGUUCUCUGUAUAGCCUUGUACAAUUGAUGUGGAUAUGCUGUUACUGCUCGUUCGUCGUACCAAUCGUGAAUUAGCCAUGCAAGAAAUUUUGAAGUCUCUUUUUGCCCUACAAGUUGGUAGAAUGAUUGCCUUUGUUCAGGGCAUGAAGUAUCAUGUAGAUGUCAUGUCAGACGUACUGACAAUCUCCGGCUAAAAGCACUUGAACAAUGCCUUCUCAAUUGUACAUGAAAAUGGAUUGACUAGUGAUACUUUUUUGAGAUAAUGAUCACCAUUUUAGUUGUCUUGAGCUAUUCCUUUUUUUUUUUUUUUUUUUUUAAUGCAUGUAAAUGGAGGAAGAAAACGUAUGUCAAAGCAUAAUGUGCUUAAUAGAAAGACGAGUUCUUGAUUCA